GAGUCAGACAGAACUUGUGACGGAAGCGAGCAGCAGGUCGACUCUCUGACGGAGAAAAACUGAACAGUUUCUCCUUCAAUCCUCCUCCUCAGCUCCGUUUGUCGACAUGGACUGCGGGAUCCUCACGUCGAAGACCAUCCUGCUGUUCCUCAGCUUGGUGUUCUGGGGCGCCGGGGCAGCGUUGGCCUACGUCGGGGCCUACAUGCUCAGGAGCUAUGACACCUUCGAGAGUUUCAUCCAGGACAAGCAGACGCUAAUCCCAGCCGCCAUCGUCAUCGGCAUCAGCGUGGUGAUGUUCAUCUUCGGUCUGGUGGGAUGCUGCGCCACGCUCCGAGAAUCCAAAGUUGGCCUUUGCUGUUUCUUUGUGAUCAUCAUGCUAAUCUUUGCAGCUGAAGUCACAGCUUUGGUAUUUAGCUUCAUCUACCAAGGGAAGAUAGGUGAAGGCCUGGAGAAAUCGAUGAGUGAUGUGUAUGACAAGUAUGAUGGGAAAAAUCCAGAGUCCCAAGCUGUGAAUCUACUGCAGAGUGAAUUGAAGUGCUGUGGUGUCUACAACAUGAGCAGCUGGCUCGACACACCCUGGUUCAUCGCUAAUAAGACAAUACCUCUGUCCUGUUGUAAAAACACAACGCAGUGCAACGGUGAACCGACUCAACCCAACCAGUUUUAUUCAGAUGGUUGUGAGCCCAAAUUGGUGAAACUGCUGCACGACACUAUGACCUACGGCAUGCUGGUCGUUCUUGGGUUUGCCAUCAUCAAGUUCUUUGGAAUGCUGAGCGUCUGUGUGAUAACCUGUCGAAGUAACAGCCGAAGAAARGGCUACCAGGCGAUUUAUGGCUGAAGCACCAACGGGAUCCACCUCCUUGUCUUGUUCUGCUGGGUUCGCUGACUGCUUCAGUUUCGUACAGAACCAUCCAUUCCUCUUCCAACUUUAAAGUGCAUUUAAAUAGUUAGAUAGGAAACCUUAUAAUCUGAACGGACUCGUAUCCCAGCAUGCCUCCACACGUGUAAUCAACAGAACUGUAGCUCUUUCUAAGUAAACUUUUGUUUAGAAAUGGACAUGACUUUUUUUUUCACAUUUUUCUUUCCUUUUUUUUUCUUUUUUUUUUUUGGCAUUCAGUUGCUGUGAGAGAGUCUCAUUUUCUAUAUUCUCUCAGCCCAGUUAUGGUUUUAAUCUGGGGGAUAAAACAAAUUAAUGUAAUGUAGUAAUCUGAAAAUUUGAUUCCAUUCGGAUUUUUUGCUGAAAGUUUUUUUUUUUUUUUUUGAUUUGAUUUUAUUUUUCUGAUGCAACUUCUCGUUUUGACAUAAUCUGAUCAGAGUGCAGCUGGCAUCAAGGUCCUGUAUUUGUUCACCGUUCUGCUGCGCUGUGUAGAUAGUUUUUGAAGGACAUUGAUAUUUGAAUGUGCUUUAAUGAAUGACUUCAAAUUAGAUUUUAGGUGUGAUUGUUGACACAAGGAUGGUGGUUUUUUUUUUUUUUUUGCCUUAUUUAGGGUUGCAAUAUUUAWAACAAACUAAGAAAACGUCACUCUGUGGUUAUUCACUGUUCUGAUAUUGGUUCUAGUUUGGCUCUUACUGUGUUUAAUUUUAUAAGUUAAAAAGGUGAAUAUUUCAUUCACAUUGAUAUUAACUUCGGUGUAAUUAUAUCCCAUCRUUAUGUUGAUUUGUCUUGCUGUUCAUAUUAAAAUCUCCCUCGUUACACACA